UUAAGUUACCUGGAUGAGCCAGAAUCCUGCUCCGUAGUAUAGGGCUCGGGCCACGACCACAAGGUACUUACAACCAUGCUUACAACAAAACACCAGCAAUGAAGUCGGCCACUUAAGUAAAUUACGCCACAGAAUAUAAACCUUAAUCUGUGGGCUACGUCAUGGAAUUUGGUGAAUUUUCGCUACGCCACUGUGUGACCGCGCCUACUUCCCCAGAAUAAGACGCCGCCCAUAAUAAAAAGAGCAGAAACCCUAAAUAACCUUUCAGAGGGUAUCGCUCACCAUCGUGAUUCUUGACGUUGAGCGAAGACCUCAUCAGAUCCUGCCAUGGAUGUCACCACAGUCCGUCUGCUGAGCAGUCUUUGCCUUUUGGCAAUUAUUGUUCAAGCUCAAGACUGCUCCAGGCCUGUUGGAGGAGCCAACAUGGAUUUAAAGGGCAACAACAUUCUUUUAGAAGAGUUCCCAGAGGGGACAAAAGUUACUUUUGCCUGUAAUCCUGGAUAUGUUUCUAAAGGAGGGUCUCCAAGUAUUACUUGCACCACUGGAAACUGGAGUUCUUUGGGGAUGAGCUGCGAGAGGAGAAGCUGUGGUGUUGUUGGAGAGGUGGAAAAUGGGCAAAUUGAUUAUCAGCCUGGGAAUGAAUUUGGUGAUAAAGCAGUGGUCACUUGUAACACUGGUUACGUGCUGGUUGGUAAAGACAGGCUCGUUUGUGGAGUCCAAGGGUGGGAGGGCAGGUUGCCUGUAUGUGACGUGGUACAGUGUGAAUCACCACCUCAAAUAUUGUAUGGCUCUUUCAGUCCAGUUAAAUCAACAUAUGACUAUAAUGAAGUUGUACAGUACACCUGUAAAAGGGAUUAUACACUUAAUGGAUCAAAUCCAUUAGCAUGUUCAGAUGAUGGAACAUUCAAGCCUGAUCGUCCUAAAUGUAUCCUGGUUAAAUGUGUAGAACCAGAGAUUCCAAAUGGUUUAUGGAGUAGCGGUGCUCGACCUCCGUAUGGAUACUUGUCUGCGGUGAUAUUAGAGUGUAGGCCUGGAUACAGAAUGAUUGGAAGUGCUACACAAAAGUGUGAAAAAAAUAGUCAGUGGUCGCCUGGACUCCCUCAGUGUAUAGCACAACCAAAAACUACCAUGCCUACCACCACUACCACAACUACCACCACUACCACAACUACAACCACUACCCCAAGGAUACUAACAGUUGAAUGUAAAGAUCCCAAAAGCAUCAAUCCUCAGGUGACUGUGAGCCGUCAGCCUCCAUAUAGACGGUUGGACCAGGUGACAGUCAGCUGCCAUUCUGGAGAAAGUAAAAGUCAACAAUUUACCGUCAGGUGUCAGGAAAAUGGUCUGUGGGAUCCGGAAAUUCCCAAAAAAUGUGAAACAGAGGGCAAUGGAGGUGAUGGUCUUCACCCAGGACUCAUUUUUUUAAUAGUGGUCGCAGUUCUCGGCACUUUGGGGUUAAUAUACUUUGGAAUGCGACGAUACAACAAGAAAAAAGGCGCUCGGCGAGGCAAUACUGACAAAGAGGCUACAAAAGAAGGAGAGGAUGUAGCACUCUCGUAAACGUUGCAGUACUACUACUCCACAACUACUGACUAUAAAAACAGCCUCCUAAGAAGAAUGCCAAAGGAUCCAUGUUUGAAUGUGCACGUUUGGCUUCGUAAGACCCAGAAACAUCAGUGGAUUGUCACUGAUCCACCUGGAAUGCUUUGAAUGGCUUUUUUUUUUUUUUUUUCUAUUGUAAUAAUUAUGAAGGAAUGGAUUUAGAUUCGCCAGAGGAGCUCUGUCUGUGUUGACUUUAAACUUGUGCACUGUAAUAAAUUUACCUAGCUGAGCUACAAUGGUCAAGCAGAGCAAUGGCCUAAAGUAAGCAAAGUCAGCACAAGAUGUCUGUCAUUUGGAUUAAAUUAAGCUUAACCAACAGUUGACUUGAAUCAAAACUUUUUUUUUGGAACAGUUUUAUGUAGUCAAUACAUAAGGUGUAUAUAUGCAUUCCUUAAAGUGUGCCUAAAUGAUAAGGUAUAUUUCAUACCUUAAUGAAAAACAAAGUGUUUUAGAUGUGUGCUAAUUGUAUGGCAGUCUGUAAAUUUCAGAAAUGUUAAUCUAAUUAUUGGGUUCAGUUUAAGGAGGCUUAAUUCUGCCUUCUUAGUGUUGAGCCUAUAUAAUUUGUUACAAUGACAAUGUUAGCACCUUAGUAUUUAUGGUUGCAUUAAAAGGUUUCAUUGAACGGAAAAAAAAAAAAUCAGAUUUAAUGUUGUUUAAAACAUUGUUGAUAUCAGGCUUUUGCUGCAUCAGUUUUUUUUUUUUUUUUGUUUUUUUUAAAUGUAUGACCACUUAAAUGUCUAGGACAUGAUGAAUAUUUUGAGUAUUAGAUCAGAUAGUUUGACUAUGCAGAGAUGUAUACAGUGUGUUCUAUGGUGAUUUUUGCACUUGCCUUGCUUUGUUAAAAUAAACCAUUUUUUUAUGUCAAUUAAAACAAGUUCUAAAAUCAAUGAAAUAAAACAGUGAAGACA